AUGGGAUUUAAUAAUUUCUUAUGCACUAAGGAUUGUCUUAGGAUAUUAUUAAUUGCUGAUUACACACCAUCUGUUGACUUGGAUGUCAGUGUUGCGUGUUACACCCAACGUGCUAAACGUAGAAGAAAAUUAGAUUGUCUGGAUACUGUCAAAACCUUGUGGAAGUUCGCGCUUUCGAUGGUCCAUGUGCAAGGGGUCUUCGAGUCAGCAUCAUCGCUUUUGCUUUCACUGAUUAAUAAAUAUCGAUCGGAACUUGGCGACGAUGAAGAUCUUACGGAUGCCAUAAGUGACAUCCUGUCGCGAAGUACCGUAACUCACGGGGAAGUUAUCUACAAGCUUGUGACGUUUCUUCUCACCGAAUUUGAAUUCGAUGAAAUGAAGCACUUCUCUGGUGUCAUCGAUAAAAAGAAGGGACUUGAAGAAUGGAGGUUUCGCUGUCAAAUGGCCGAAUGGCUCAUAUGUCAUCUUGAACCGGAGGGUAAUAUUGGAGAGCUGUUGUUUUUGUUGUGCUCUCUUCAUCCGGCUCCCGUGUGCAAACCGUCGUCGCACUUGAGAAAUUCAGCGAAAGGAAUUGAACAUGAUUUGGAGUUGUUUGGCCUUGUGGAACCACAGAAUUCUCUAAAAAAUUCGGCUCCGUCGAUUCCGGUUAUAAUUGUCGACGAAUUGGUGGAAUAUGUAGUUACCCUAUUCUCACAAUGCUGGUCUUGUUCUGACAUCAGUGAUGAAAUGCGAAUUGCUCUCUGGUGCUCAUUUGCUGGUUUUCUGUCGAAGCUUGAAGCCAAAUCUAAUGCUGAAGCGACUGGCCUGCUCGACGUGGGUGAUUUGUACAUACUGGAGAUGAGAAGCUAUUUUUCCGAACUUUUGACAUGA